AUGGAGACGGAUGUCGAUCCCAUAGCUAUUUUAAACCCUCAUGUGCCAGUCCUUGCGGCGUUCUUUGAUGGCCAGAAGGACCUCAUGCAGGACUACAGACUGGGGCGCCAGUCUCCUGCUGAGGAUCCUGCCAUCAAAGAACACACAAGUGUGGUGUCCCGGGCCUUUGAUGUCCCCAAGUCCACCGUCUGCAGACUGGUGCACACUGGAGUACAACAAAUUGCAGCCCUUCGCCAGGAGGUCAUCAAACUGCCCCCCCCUGGAGAACUGGAGGAGGUUGGCCAAGAGUUUGCAAGGCUGGCCAACAGCCCAGCAGUGUGUGAUGGGAAGGGCUUCUUUCUCAACACCUUUGUUGGGGAUCCUGGUUCAGUCCAUGACACCAGAGUCCUGAAGAACAGCGCAAUUUACAAACAGGCUCUGUAUCCUCCCUCAGGAUUCUUCCUUUUGGGUGAUGGUGGCUACCCCUGCAUAGAAGGACCUGUGGCCCUCAUCACCCCAUAUAGAGAACCACUGCAAGGGAGGGUGCAGAGCCGCUUCAACCAGCAUCAUGCCAGGGCUCGCUCCAUCAUAGAGCGGGCCUUUGGCAGGAUGAAAAGCAGGUGGAGAUCGCUGUUCUUCAAGGCUCUGGAGGUCCACCACACCUUUGUCCCCUCAGUCAUCACCGCCUGUGCAGUACUCCAUAACAUCUGUCUCACAGCGGGGGACAUCCUGGAGCCUGAAGAGGAUGUUGGGGACAUUGGUGUGGUUCCACCACGUCUGGUGAGGGGGGAUCGAGGCGGACAUGGCCAGCGAGACCGACUGGCAGGGCUGCUCUCUGCUCCAUGUGUGCAACCAGUUGAACUACAAGAACAUGAUUAUUUGUAGGACUUGGGGACACGAAGGCCUUGGACACCACACUGUGUGAAAAGCUGUGUGCCUUCAU